AUGGUUGGAGCCAUCCAGCUGCUUGCUGUGACGCUGACAGUUAGAAUCAAUGUUGGCGCUUGUCCUGCUCACUGGGUGAGACGAGGGUGUGCAGGUCUCUUUGCGUUAAGAGGACCUUACAGAAUCACAAGCGAUUCGGGAGUUUCUCCUCACGCCCAGCAGAAACCCCCGCAGCAAUGGGUGACCACCCCUCCUGAUUUACUCUCUGUGCCUGGCACGGCCCGUGGCGGGCACGCUGGCCCAGACACCCGCUGUGGAGCGAACGGCUGCCGGGGCGGCCUCUCCCCCGCGGCAGCACCGCAGCCCGCCGGCGCACCCUCAGCGAGGAGCGAGAAUAAGGGAGAAGGGAAGCGCUGCCACAGAGCGGCGCCGAGCGAGGCCGGCUCUCCCGCCCGGCGCCCCGUCGCGCCCGGCGGGCAGGGGGAGCCGCUGCGCCCGCCGCGGCAGGCGCCUGAGCGCGGUCCGCCGGGGCAGGCCGCGGAGCAGCCCCCGCCGCGGGGCCCGUCAGGCGGCGGAGCCCGGCUCGAGAGCGGGGGCAUGGCGGCGCGGAGCCAGGGCUCCCUGCGGCGCCUGCUGCAGAGCUCGCAGGAGGCGCAGCACCGGCAAGCGGUGCUGGUGCGGAAGCUGCAGGCGAAGGUACUGCAUCACGACACUGUUACGCCUGGGAGAAGCCACGAGCUCCUGAGCUACCCAAGCGAAUGGAGCGGAAAGCGGUGGAUGCUAACAGCAGUGAAGGGAAGACAAGAAUUUGACUAA